CUUCAACUUGGGUCGCUAGACGGCAAAAAGAAAAAAGCAAAGAUGAUAUCGUUCGGGAGCGGAGACUUGGCGCAGGUGGCGAUCGUGACGGGGGCUGGCCGCGGUCUGGGCCGUGCAUGGGCACAAGCGUUAGCAGGUCGUGGCGUCCGUGUGGUAGUGAAUGACAACGACGCCGACCGCUCGCUGGUGGAGGACGUUGUUCAGAGUAUUCGAAGUCAAGGAGGCGUAGCUGUGGGCGAUCACAACUGCGUUACGGACGGCGCCAAGAUCGUUAAAACCGCAAUGGACAACUUUAAGCGAGUGGACAUCUUGAUCAAUAACGCUACGGUUAUCCGCGACGGGUCCUUCCGCAAGAUGACGAAGGAGAACUGGGACGACGUGUACCGCUCGAGUCUACUCGGCACCUUCAUCGUGACUCAGGCAGUGUGGCCCAUCAUGCGUCAACAGAAGUACGGUCGCAUCCUCAACUGCGUGUCAGGCGCUGGGCUCUACGGCAACUUCGGACAGGUCAACUACGCUGCCAUGAAGAUGGGGCUUGUGGGCUUCACGGUGGCGCUCAACCGCGAAGGUAUCAAGUACAACAUUGCAGUGAAUGCGGUGUCUCCUGUGGCCGGAACGCGCCUCACGCAGCCAGUGUGGCCCGACGACGUGUACGCCAAACUGACACCGGAGCUGACGUCGCCCAUCGUCGUGUAUCUGUGCCACCCGUCGUGCAAGGACAACGGUGGGCUGUUCGAGUUGGGUGGAGGCUGGGUGGGGGCUCUGCGUCUGCAACGCACACACGGUGUCGGUUUCCCCACGGACCCGAUCCAGUUCACGCCCGAACUCGUGGCUGAGCAGUGGCGUGACGUCGUGGACUUCAGCCGCGUGACCCACCCAACGUCCACGCAGGACUCGUUCGAGCCCAUGAUGCGCAAUGUGACGUCUCCACCAAAGUCUCUGACGACGUCUCGAUCCAGCGAGUGCGCAGAAGUGUUCGACCGGUUGCGAUCUACCUUGCAGGAGAAGGGUCAAUCACUCAGCAAACAGAUCUCGGGCGUGCUCGAGUGGCACAUCAACAAGGAGGUCUGGACGAUCACGUUGCUGAAUGGCAAAGGAACGCUGUUGGAAGGACGCAAUUCGCGCCUGACCCCGGACCUGCAGAUUCACAUGGACGAACAGGAUUUCCUGGAUCUGGCGGCGGGAAGACUGCGGCUGCAGCAGGCGCUAAUCCGGAAGAAGCUGCGCUUGCAAGGAAACCUCAAAAUGGCCAUGAAGCUGCAGCCGUUCGCGGAUCUGCUGCUUCAGCAGAACCAGUCGCGACUGUAAUGAAGAAGGGAACGAACGAGGUCACAAGUUUACACAGACAUUUAUAACCAACAAAUUACGAAUUUUACCAGCAAUAAGAUGCUGUUCUUGUUGGCGUGCGUGCUCGAAAGUAAUAAUCGAAAACAGAAG